GGAGCAGCCAGCGCGAGCAGCUCGCACCGUGGACGCAUAAACGUUGAUCUACGGGCCAAAUUCAUACAAUAAGGAUUUUUCAACACAUCCGGACGAAAACGAAGCACACCUAUCCCGGGGCGCGAGGCGGUGGACAGGAAUUAUAACACAUUGAGGUUGAAAAAAGGGGAAAAUAUGCGCAUAGAGGAUAGUUCCUCAGGUUUUCCAAAUCCCUCAGCGCAACGGACAACAGCAGAAACAACAUCCAUAUUACUGACUGCUGCGGUUUGAAAGGAUGCGUUCUACUCUCAAAACAUCUCCGCUUCCUGCUCCGUUUAGCGGUUUAUGUGUAGCUCAUGAACGUUUAACUAAGAAAAAGCUAAAGGUUUAAAGGAUUUAAAGCGAACCAGCAGUGUAUUUGGCCAGCCUGCUCAAUGUUUACGCUUUAAAAUGGCUGCGGAGGGUCUGUGGAAACAGAAAAAGACCGUUGAUUAAUAUGAUGGUUUAAAACUGAAAAUAUCCCAUCGCUUGAGUUAUGGUUACGGGGGGAAAUAUUUUUUUCAAUGUCAUGGGGGAUUAUUUUCCAGCCCUGUACCGCAGGAGGUAACGUAGGAAAUUCCUGCCCUUGUUCAGAAACACAAUGAGGCGAGACAUAUGAUUUAACAUGCUUGUGUUUGUACUGAUUUUAUCAUAUCACAUCCUCAUCUGGGGGGUUUCCGUGAAGUGAUUGCUUACAUUUUUUGGAAAAAGCUGCGAUCUCGUAUAUUUAAGGAAUAUUCGUAAUAUUUGUGAAUGGAUCCCCCUUGCUGUUAUAAUUGAAACAGUCUGGGCACCAGAUUGGGAAGAACGGCCCUAGGAUAUUGAUACCCAGUCUAACAGCAGCAAAGUCAUCCUUGAAACUAUGGAUGCUGGGAGGAGGAUGCCCAUCCUGAAGCUUUUUCUGGUCAGGCAGAGACUGCAGGGCAUGCACACGUAUUUAUGGCUGUGUGUGAUGUUCUCCCUGGUGCUGAUAUCGGAAGGAUCUCCAUCUAAACCGUGUGAGAAGAGCUGUCUGUCUGGCAGGUGUGUGAACGGAUCCUGUGUCUGUGAUCGUGGAUGGGUUGGGGACCAGUGCCAACAUUGCCAAGGCAGAUUCAAGUUGACUGAGCCGUCUGGUUACCUAACAGAUGGCCCCAUCAACUACAAGUUCAAGACUAAGUGCACCUGGCUGAUCGAGGGCUACCCAAACGCAGUGCUGCGGUUACGGUUUAACCAUUUCGCCACCGAAUGCAGCUGGGAUCAUAUGUACGUCUAUGACGGGGACUCGAUUUAUGCUCCCUUAGUAGCGGUGUUCAGUGGUCUCAUUGUCCCCGAAGUCAAAGGAAAUGAGACCGUCCCUGAGGUGGAGACCAACUCGGGCUAUGCACUCCUGCACUUUUUUAGCGAUGCUGCCUACAACCUCACAGGAUUUGAAAUCUUCUACUCAAUCAAUUCAUGUCCAAAUAACUGCUCGGGCCACGGGAAGUGCACCUCGGGGAACUCGAUAUCGAGCCGUGUGUAUUGCGAAUGUGAUAAGUACUGGAAGGGCGAGGCCUGCGACAUCCCCUACUGCAGGAACAACUGUGGCAGCCCGGACCACGGCUACUGCGACCUUACCGGGGAAAAGCUGUGCGUGUGCAACGACAGCUGGCAAGGUCCAGACUGCUCUUUAACGGUGCCCUCCACUGAGUCUUACUGGAUUAUGCCAACAGUGAAGCCAUUUGGAGCGUCUCUGGGCAGAGCAUCCCAUAAGGCCGUGGUGCAGGAGAAGGUUAUGUGGGUUGUUGGCGGCUAUACAUUUAACUACAGCAACUUUCAAAUGGUUCUGAAUUAUAAUUUGGAAAGUGGCAUCUGGAACACCGUGCCCGUCAGUAGCGGACCCCUGCCGAGAUACGGACAUGCCUUAGCACUAUAUUGGGAUAACAUCUACAUGUUCGGAGGCAAGUUGGAGAUGGGUGCUAAGAACAUAACAGAUGAACUGUGGGUGUUUAAUAUACCCAGCAUGACGUGGUCGCAGAAGAACCCCAUUGUGCCAGCCCAUGGGCAGAUCUACGCUGUGGAAGGCCACUCUGCUCAUAUAGCAGAGCUGGACAAUGGAGACAUGGUGAUGGUGGUCAUCUUCGGCUACUCCUCCAUCUACGGCUACAUCAGCAACGUUCAGGAGCUCAACAUCUUGACGAACACAUGGCUUGUGCCAGAAACCAAAGGAGCGAUCGCUCAAGGUGGGUACGGCCACAGCAGCGUCUACCACAGUGCCACCAAGAGCGUGUAUGUCCACGGGGGCUACAAAUCUCUCCCUGCCAACAAAUACGGCUUGGUGGAUGAUCUUUACCGCUAUGAGGUCCAGACGCGCACCUGGACGAUUCUGAGAGAGAGCGGGUACCCACGUUAUCUGCAUUCAUCCGUGAUGUUAGGAGGAACUCUGCUCAUCUUUGGAGGAAAUACCCAUAAUGACACCUCUCUGAGCAAUGGGGCCAAAUGCUUCUCUGCUGACUUCCUGGCCUAUGACAUUGCAUGUGAUGAGUGGAAGGUCCUCCCUAAACCAAACUUGCACAGAGACGUCAACCGCUUCGGCCACACUGCUGUGACCAGUAACGGGUCCAUGUACGUGUUCGGUGGUUUUUCCAGCGUGCUCCUGAACGACGUGCUCAUCUACAGGCCACCCAGCUGCGAGGCCUUCCUGGGACGGGAACGCUGCGAGGCCGCGGGUCCUGGUGUACGGUGCGCCUGGAAGGGUGGCCGCUGCACGUCCUGGGAGCCCAGCUUCACUUCCAAUGUUACACCUGCUCCAUUCUGCCCUGACAAAGCCGCUACGGUUGAUGAGAGAUGUUACCGCUUCUCUGACUGCACUAGUUGCACUGCCAACACUAAUGGAUGUCAGUGGUGCGAUGGCAAGAAAUGCAUCUCAGCUCUCAGUAACUGCACUUCUUCUGUGAAGAAUUUCACCAAAUGUCCAGUUAGAAGUGAACAGAUUUGCAGUAAAAUGACCAACUGCAAAAGCUGCUCGCUGAACCUUAGUUGCCAAUGGGAUCCUAAUCAGCUGGAAUGCCACACCGUCCCGGCCCAGUUGUGUGGAGACGGUUGGAGCAACGUUGGGGACGCCUGCCUACAGAUUAACUUCAGCCGGGAGAGUUAUGAUAACGCUCAGCAUUACUGUAAGAACCUGGUAGGCAGCAUCGCCUCUCUUACCACAGCCAAGCAGGUGGACUUUGUGCUGGAGGAAAUGCAAAAGUACCAACUGAAGGGGAAGAAACUGUCCCCAUGGGUGGGCCUGCGGAAGAUCAAUGUGUCAUACUGGGCCUGGGAGAACUCCUCUCCGUUCACUAACACCUUUCUGCAAUGGCUGCCCGAAGAGCCCAAUGACUCGGGAUUCUGUGCUUACCUGGAGAGAGCUCAGGUCUCUGGCCUCAGGGCCAACCCCUGUACUGCCAUCACGGAUGGCCUCAUCUGUGAGAAACCAGUGGUUGCGAGUCAGAACCAGAAUGCCCGCUGUAAGACGCCUUGCUCCCUGCGCACUACCUGCGAGAACUGCACAAGCCAGGGCAUGGAGUGCAUGUGGUGUGGAAGCACCAAACGCUGCGUGGACUCCAACGCCUACGUCAUCUCCUUCCCCUACGGCCAGUGCCUGGAAUGGCAAACGGGAGACUGCGUGUCUCAGAACUGCUCUGGAUUGCGUACCUGUGGUCAGUGUCUGGAGCAGCCUGACUGUGGCUGGUGCGGAGACCCCAGUAACACGGGUCGAGGGCAGUGCAUGGAGGGCUCGUAUCGCGGACCCAUGAAGAGCCCCUCAAGACACAGUCAAGACAUGGUUUUGGAAGCGGGUCUUUGCCCAAAGGAUCGAGGCUUUGAGUGGGCAUUCAUCCAGUGUCCUGCAUGCCAGUGCAACGGCCACAGCACUUGUGUGAACGGCAGCAUGUGCGAGCAGUGCCGUAACCUCACCACCGGCCCUCACUGCGAAACGUGCUUGCCUGGUUACUACGGAGACCCGACCAACGGCGGAAAGUGCCAAGCCUGUAAAUGUCAUGGUCAUGCUAACGUGUGCCAGGUGCUGACGGGCAAAUGUUUCUGCACCACCAAGGGUAUCAAAGGUGAUCAGUGCCAGCUUUGCGACUCAGAAAACCGUUACCUUGGCAACCCCCUCAGAGGAACCUGUUAUUAUAAUCUUCUGAUCGAUUACCAGUUCACCUUCAGUCUGCUUCAAGAAGAUGACCAGCACUACACUGCCAUUAACUUCAUGGCCACACCUGAACAGCCCAACAAGAACUUGGACAUAUCCAUUAACGCAUCAAACAAUUUCAAUCUGAACAUCACAUGGUCUAUAGGGUCAACAGCGGGAACCAUCUCCGGGGAAGAGAUUCCCAUAGUGUCCAAGACCAACAUCAAAGAAUACAGAGACAGUUUCUCUUGUGAGAAAUUCAGUUUCCAGAGCAACCCCAACAUCACCUUCUACGUGUAUGUUAGCAACUUCACAUGGCCUAUCAAAAUACAGAUCGCCUUCUCUCAGCACAACAGCAUCAUGGAUCUGGUGCAGUUCUUUGUGACGUUUUUCAGCUGUUUUUUGUCUCUGUUGCUGGUAGCUGCAGUGGUGUGGAAGGUCAAACAGACCUGCUGGGCCUCCAGACGACGAGAGCAACUGAUGAGGGAGAGGCAGCAGAUGGCCAGUCGCCCUUUCGCCUCGGUCGCGGUGACACUGGAUGUGGGCGGUGAGCAAGCGGAACUGCUUCAGGGUGGGAUCGAGGGACCGCCCAAGCCGGUUGCAGUGGAACCCUGUUCGGGAGGUAAAGCAGCAGUGCUCACGGUGCUCAUGUGCCUACCGCGAGGGGCGUCUGGUGUUCCGCCACCUGGACAGUCAGGUAUAGCCAUCGCCAGCGCUCUUAUCGACACGUCCCAGCAGAAGCCCAUGGACUUCAAAGAGGUUCUUCACGGCCUGAAGAACCGCAAAGCUCUGCCUCCUGCUCACCAGGGCACCUGCGUGUGAACCAUCCGGGCCUUUCGUGGGCUGUCCUUUACCAGCGUGAACUCUCUUGUGCUGCUGCGGGAAAACGGAGGCCCGUGUAUCAGAGAGAGAACCCAUGUGAGGGGAUUAUUUAGGUGACCGAGUGCCCUCUAUUUCCACUCCAUAUCCCUCGUAAAUAGACGUCACCGGUGCCGCCCGUCUCGAAUGACCCCUGUCACCGCCACCAACACUUUCAGCAUUGUUUUUCUAGUGUCUCUCGUUUAUAAAGAAUCAAUCGACUGCAACACUUUUUCACAUCUUUUGUCUUCAUACCGCAUUUAAAUGUUUAACCACUUCUCGGGUUUCCUUUCUGUCUUUUAAGUCAAACCUUGCCUUUAGGAUGUUUGCUUUUUUCGGUGUGUCAAGAGGGUCUCUCCCAUGUGUAAUGUCAGCUUUACACAGAUGUGCCUGAAGAAACUGAAAAUAUGCAUUUUGAGAUUCAGAACCAGCAUCAUGGUUCUGGGAUGUUGGGUCGGUCGUCGGAUUUGUGUAUGGGUUGAAUGCUCACCAACUAGAUAAUGUUUUUGCUCAUGAGGCGGCUCAUAAUCACCAUUUUUAACUAUUCGACAUUUUUAUUUAAGAGACUGAAUAUAGAAGUGUUUACGGUGGAUAGCGUGAAAGCUAUCUGUUGCGUAAGCUAAUGAAGUUCUGCUGCUGGCAACCUCAUGUUUAGCUAGAGACGUUUGACACAUUUCAGACUUUGCAUGGACCACACACACACACACACACACACACACACACAUAUACACGCUAUGCUUGAAAACCUAGUUUGUGGGUUACGUGUCACACAAAGAGUGUCUUCAUGUUGUGAAGUAUUAGGUUUGGUGUGUACGAACAAAGUCCACUUUAAUAGCUGCAGUGUAUCGCACCAUCUGAAGGGGCCAAUUGGAGUAAAACCAAGUACGAGUUGUACAUCGUAAAGAAAGCUUGGACUUGAAGGUGAAGGGAACUGAUUCGUGCCUCCCUGAUCUCAACAAACCUGGAGAUUCUAUGCUUGUUACGUACCAGAGGGCAGUAUCACAGCCUGUGUAUAGUCUUUUUUUUUUUUUUACAGAAUACUAGUAAAUUCUAGAAAAGCUGUUGAUGUUCUUAUUUCCGUUUUCAUUUCGCAGUGGCACAGGUUUGAAUGAGCAACGUCUCAUACGUUUGCAGUAACGCUUCAUCUCUUUAUAAUGGACUUUUGUACACUUAAGUUUCACAUAUUGUGAACGUCAGAAGAGGAAAAAAAAGAGGAGAGUGCGCAAUUAUAAACUGGUCAUACACUCAGACGGUGGGCUUCGGCGGAUCAGGUUUCCCAGGAACUCAACCCUUCACAGAAAAGACCCCCGCUCUGUCUGAAAAACGCAGUACUGGCACUGUGGCCCACCCUCUGGAUUAAACAGGAAAUGUAGAUGUUUUCCUGCCUACAGUAUAUGAUCUCUAUGACAACAGCAAGAAAAUGUACAGCAUUUUAAUCUUCACUCGUUUGCUUUAGAUGGACUUGAACACGUGACUCUAAUGUGAAUCGCUUUGUUUCUCUUCAUGUAGCUACUUCAAUGUUUUGUUUGUAUUUUUUGCUGGUUUUAUUAAAGGACAUUAAAAUGGUAAAUAGGUCAGUUAGGGCCAUCCUCUGUACAUGAUAAGAAAUAAUCAUGUCGUUUGCAUUCGUUUGUGGAAGAAAAUGUUAAUUGUUUUUGUAACUAAUUGAUUCCUGUGUAAUUCCUUCAGGAUUGGUUCUUAGUUCACACAGUUAACUAACUUAUGUAGGUCAUGUAAGUCUUGUUUUUCAGUUGACAGAAGCUGCUCAUCGGAACUUUUCCGUGCAUUUGAACUUUCGUUUUGAAGUCAUGAUGUGUUAAAAAUGUUGUUUAUUUUUGAGAUUCUCACACAGGUAUUCUACAGACGGCUUACACAGGAAUCGCCUCUCUGUAACAGAAAAAGCAACCAUUCAUCCCUUGGUUCAUAUAAUUAAUAUUCAUUGUAUUUUAAAGAUGAAUGGAGUAAUAAAACACUUGAAUAUUCAAAAGACCAUCGAUCCUUACGACUACAAAUAUGAGGCACUUGGAGGCUUUUAUUAAACGCUCUUUUAAUGCUAUCAGCUAGUCUCAAGGCUUAAAGGGACAGUUCACCCAAAAAUAAACGAAUCUGUCAUCAUUUAGUCAUCUGUAUAAAUGUAUUUGUUCACAGAGAAAGAUAUUUGUAGGAGUGCUUGAAACCAACAGUUCUUGCCAUGAAAAACGACAAUGGUAGUCAAAAGUGCCCUAGAACUAUUUGCUUUACAUUCUUCAAAAUAUCUUCUUUUGUGUUCAACAGAACAAAAAAAAUGAAAGCAAUUUUUCCUACUAUGGGAGUCAAUGGUGGCCAAGAACUGUUUGGUUGCAAGCAUUACAAAUAUCUUUCUCUGCAUUUAUCAGAACAGAUAUAUUUAUACAGAUUUAUACAACUCGAGGGUGAACUGUCCCUUUAACUGUCACACUCAAAGUUUGGGUGAAUUAUUAAUAUAGGUUUUAUUGUUCAAGAUAGUCCAUAAAUGAAGGGAAAGUAUUUUUUAUGUGCAUUCCAAGUUAUAUCAAUCAAACUGCAGUUGAGUUGUUUUGAUUAAGUAAUAAUAACAUAAAAAAUGCAGCUAA